CUGUCCCUAAUUAUAGCAUCCUGUUCACUUCAAUCAGUGGUCGCAUUGCAGGUUGAACAUACGCCACUGUCUGUUUUGCAUAUUCAUCACACCAAAUGGACUGACCACGGAGUUCCCGAUGACAAUGAUACAUCUGCUGUUCGUGAAAUUUUCAAAAAAUUAUAUCAUUUAGAACCAAACCAUGGCCCCAUACUGGUGCACUGCAGUGCCGGUAUUGGUAGAACUGGAACAUACUGCACCAUUCACAACACACUUCAGAGAAUACUUGCCGGUGAUAUGUCUGCUGUAAACAUUGCUGACACAGUGGCUGCGUUCAGGACCCAGCGUCUUAGAAUGGUUCAAACCAAGGCUCAGUACAGAUUCUGCUAUGAAGCUAUCAUAGAUGAAUUGGAAGACCUUGUAUCUCAACAGGAAUUAGGAUAGAAGGGUACGUACUUCUGUUCCCUCUAUAGUUUUGCAAGUAUUAUAAACCAUUCAGUUCCUGAAAUCCUUUUAUACAGGAUAGGAUUUGUAACGACCCGGCUGGUCAUUACACGCGGCAUAGCACACUAGAAACACCGCACAGAAAAGAACAAUUGUAUACAUAUAGAGUCUAGAAUAUACAUAUACAUGAUCCAAUCUGAACAGGGUUAAAGUGUACAAAAAUUUCAACCAAAUGCUACUAUCCCAAGUAGCUCAACAACAAAACAGUUCCAAAAGAAAUCAGCUCCGCCGGUCCGCUGAUGACUCACCACUAGUCACCCACCUAUCCUUGCUCUGCUCCCAUACAUAGUAUGAUCAUUGCAGUCCAAACACCAUGGAAAUAACAAAGGGUAAGCUAGUGUAAAUAAAAUCAGCAUACAUAUAACAAUAUAAUAAUAAACAGCUACAGCUUAUACAAUAUCACAGCUUUCAAUAGUAUCAGCACCGCGAAGCGGCAUUAUCAGUACUGCGUAGCAGCAAUAACAGCACCGCUUAGAGGCAAUCACAACACCACAUCAGUGGCUAAUACAGCACCGACAUAGCGGUUAAUACACCACCACAAUAGUGGCCACACACAGCAUACAACUCAGCUAACACAGCACAGCACAACAAUUCAUUAUACAGCACGGUUAAGUAGAAAUCAACACAUCUUAUAAUUCACUAGUCAGUUCAUUAUUCUAGAGUACAGCAAUCAUAUGAUUCAACAUUUAAGAUCAUCAAUAACAGCCCAACUCAGCAUAAGACAACAUUUGAUAGAGCUAACCACUUAUUUCUCAGCACGAUCAUCUAGUCAGCACAACAUGUUCAUCAAGUACAGUUUGGUUUGGUAUAUAACAACAUUAACUACAAUCUUAGCAAAAUUGAACAGCUAACAGCGUAUAAGUCAUUGUUUCCAUAUGCGCCCGGCGCACUCAUGGUCGUGCCCAGCACGGAUCAACCAGAGGGCACCAGGGCCUUCGUGCCCAGCGCAGGAGUACUCGCGCCCGACGAGUCCCAAUCAGAGAACCCAAGGCUCUCACGCGCCUGGCGUAAUUCAUAUUGCGCCCAGCGCAGGCUCAGGCAGAGACUUCAGGGAGUCUCACGCGCCCAGCGUGACCUAACCCGCACCCAGCGUGGGAAAGGCAGAGACCUACCAAGGUCUGGUGCCCGACGCAAUUCGCAUUGUGCCCAGCGCCGUCUUGGCAGAGACUCCUAAGGAGCCUUCGCGCCCAGCGAGUCCCACCGUGCGCUUAGCGCAGCACCAGAACACUCCAAACAGGUCACCAUUGAUAUCGCGCCCGGCGCAGCUCAAGUCCCGCCCGGCGUGGGCCAACUAGAGGCCCCCAUUCUCAAGCUCGCCCGACGCACACACCUUUGCGCCCGGCGAGCUUGCCUGAACAGAGCCUCCUGGUGGUCACGCGCCCGGCGCGAAGAACAGCGCCCAGCGCGAAGUUCAGCAACAACUCCUCCAAGCUCGAAAAUUGCUCCAAAACCUGCCAAAAUCAGCCAGAAACCAACAUGCAAUCCAUCCAGAGUUUCACAUUUUCAUCAAACAUCAGGAAAAACACCUCAUUUUCAACAUGCAACCUCAAAUCAAAGAAAACCCAAAUUUCCUCAAAAACCCCCGAAACCCCAAAACUCUAUUUUCAUCAACCUCAGCUCAAAUCAUCCAAUGUUCAAACAACAAUGAGCUACUAGAACUCAUUUUCAGCAAAUAAUCUGCAAGAAAACUAGCUUCCUUUACCUCGGUAGAAGAUUCCGAGCUUCGGGGAGAAAAGAACUAGAGAGAAGAUGAAGAAGAAACUUGAGGGAAGAAAUCUCCACACGGAUCAGUUAGCUUCGCCUAACUUGAAUCACCACCUUCAGUCCAAGGAAUCGGAAAUGAAACAGCAAAGUGAGAAGAAGAGAGUAGGAGUUUAGAGUAAAGGAGUGAGACCUUCGUGAGUAAGAAUGAAAGGGUAGAAAUGGGAAAAGGGGAAAAAGAAGGGGUCUCACAGGAUUUGUAUCAGAGUUUCCUUAUCUUUAAUUCUACCAUAUCCUUGUUAAAAUUAUUCUUUUGCCGUCUUGUAUGAUGUAAAUUCAGUAUUGGACCAAAGGAUGUCAGGUUGCUUGCCUCAUUUGAAGUCAACUUUCAAUUCUUUCAUGUUCUAGACUUCUAGUUGGGUCCAGCAAUGCUUAUGUCUCCCGGGAGCUGAGUCUGAAGCAUUAGCUUUCUGGAUAUUUUAUGUAUUGUGCUGAAGUCUUUGUUAUUCUCGAACUUUAAUGUAUGCUAGAAAAUGCCAUAUAGUGCUUCAGGUAUUAUUGAGUUAUUUUCUGUUAUAUUUUAUUUUUAAGAGCAGCAAGUUAGGUAAUUUCAUUUUUGUUUUUCAUAUGCUUCAUCUCUACAUAAAAGUAGUAGCUUGUUGUCAUUUGUGUGCUUGCUGUUAUAAACUUUAUUCUUCUAUCUCUCUGCCAU